GUCAGUACCUUGUCAAUGCGAAUGACUCCAUCGCCACACCGCUCCAUAUAAAAAUUUAAAAUAAGGAUAAAAGGGAUAAGGAAAGUAUGGCUUUGUUGUGAUGGACAAACCAAAAAAAAGGUAUCAAAAAAAAAAGAGGAAAACAAAGUCAACGACUGAAAAAUGUCUAGACUUGCUCAAGCUUUGUCUUGGACGUACCGUUAUUUUGGUGUAUCAUCAAUUUACGCCACAGGUCGAAAUGCCUACCUGAUCAUCUUGGCGCGCUCGCUGCGCAUGUUUGCCUUUGGCACUACUUUUAUCCUGGCGCUUUUCUUCAACGAAUUGGGUUUCACAGACUACCAGAUCGGUCUGUUCUUCACGCUCACCCUGCUCGGCGAUGUCGUCUUCGGCACCCUUCUCACCUUGAUCGCCGACCGCGUCGGACGGCGGCGAAUCCUGCUCGCCGGCUCCGCCCUGAUGAUUGUCAGCGGUGUCAUUUUCGCCUACUUUGAAAACUUCUUCAUCCUGCUGCCGGCCGCCAUAGUUGGCGUCAUCAGCGCUACGGGCGGCGACUUUGGCCCCUUCAGGUCCAUCGAGGAGUCCAUGCUUUCGCAGUUGACCACUUCCGACACCAGGGCAGAUGUAUUGGCGUGGUAUGUCACUAUCGCGCUGCUCGGCUCUGCUCUGGGCAGCGAGGCUGCUGGGAGAAUCAUAGACACCCUACAAAGCCGACAGGGAUGGACGCUGCUCGCUUCUUACCAUGCCUUGUUCUGGCUGUAUGGGAUCAUGGGUUUCAUCAACGCCUGUUUGGUGUUGCUUAUGACGGACGCCUGCGAGCUUGAAGUGAACGACAACGCUGGGGAAUAUGCUCGGUUGCUGCCAGAGGACAAUGGGCGUCCGUCGACUGAGCAGGUGAACGACAUCACCACCGAUGGUGCGACUGUGGCCAACCCCGAAGAUGCGGAUCCUAAUACAUCCAAGUCGACCGGGUUCCGAAGAUACUUUGGGUGGAUAUCGGCAUCUCUCUCCAACAUCUCGGCGCCAACCAGAUCUACAAUGUACAAGCUCUGGAUUCUCCUGGCUCUCGACUCGGUGUCAGACGGCAUGAUACCUCCCUCGAUAACCAACUACUUUGUGGACCAGAAAUUCCAUCCGGACAAGGCGACACUCGGCGACGUCCAAUCGACCGCCUCGCUCCUAGGCAGCAUCGGCACAAUCUUUGCGGCCCCGCUGGCGCGCCAGAUAGGAUUGAUCAACACCAUGGUCUUUACGCACGUGCCGUCGUCAGCGGCGGUUCUAUUAUUCCCCUGGCCGUCGGUGUUUUGGCUCACAGCCGUGCUCCUGUUUGUGCGCACGGGGCUUAACAGCAUGGACCAGGCGCCGCGGUCGGCCUUUAUCGCUGCAGUCGUCCGGCCGGAGGAGCGCACGGCCGUCAUGGGCAUCACAGCCAUGGUGCGGACGCUGGCAGCGACGACGGGGCCGAGUAUCACGGGCAUCCUGGCGGGCAACAACCGCUUCUGGAUCGCCUUUGUGGUGGCGGGCACGUGCAGACUCACUUAUGACUUUGGGCUGUGGAUGCUAUUUGUCAACACACCUCUGGAUCAGGAAGAGAAUGGCGGCAGUGCGUUGGAUGAUGAAGAGGAGCAUGGGACCUCUGAGGGGCCAGAUUUGCGGACUGGGGAGAGGAAUGUUGGAAUUGUGUCCAAAUGAUCACGUAUCACCUCGAUCGAGUACCAUAUUUAGUAUAUAUGAAUGGCUGAUUAGAUCUUUUGUUUAUUUAGAUAGAUACAUAGGUAGGUGGGCAAGGUAGGUAAUGUGUGUGUAUCUUGGUUAUCUCGUGACCUGCUGACUAUGUUUUGGAGCUAGGAAGAGCGUGAAUCAUCACAGUAUAUCGAAUGACACGAGGCAUGACAAAGAAAGAAAAAAAAAAGUACGAAGUAAUGCUUGUAUUAACCCCCACCUGCCCAAUAAGUGUUCACUGCAAGGGCAUUUUUUUCCCAAGCUCCGAUACAGGCCCCUCUUCGAGGCAACCCGUACCCACCCUGUACUGCACAGUCAAUCAUUAACCCCACGUUGGUACUGCUACUUGUCGUCACCGCAGAGGUUUGAACAAUUGAGUUUUUUUUUCC